GGGAUACACUCUUCGAAAAAGGGUUCCAUAAGGGUUCUUCAGCUGUCCCCAUAGGAGAACCAAUUUUGCUUCCAGGUAGAGCUCUACCAAAAAGGUUAUGCUAUGGGGACGGCCAAAUAACCCUUUUAGGUUCUAGAUAGCAAAACAUUUUCUAUGAGUGUAGAUGGAGAUGGAGAGAGAGUAAGUGAGAACUUGAGAUAGGUAGGAGAGAGAGAUUAAGUAAGAUAGAUGUAGGGAGACAGAAGGGAUAGAUAGAGAAAGAGACUGUUAGAGUGAAGGGAUAGAAAAGGGAAAAGAUAGUGAUGUAAAGACAGAAUUGAUAGAUGGAUAGAUAGAGGAUUAGAGAUGGAGAGAGAAAUGAGGCAAUCUAAUUGUGGCAUCUGGCAGCGCCACCCCGCCACAGUGACUUGCUAAUCUGUAAAUCUUCUCUCGAGCACUUUCCCUGUAGACCAGAGCCUGCUGCGCACUGACUGGCCAUAUAGCAGUCUGGAAUCACACCCAACCCAUGUGGACUUAAUGAGAGAGGGAUAUGGAGGGAGGGUGGGAGAGAGAGAGGGAUGGAGGUUGGGAAGAGAGGGAAGAAAACAAAAAGGAAAGGUAUGGUGAUGGAGGGAUAUGAGUGGGGUGAAGAAGGGAUAGAGAACAGGUGAAAUGGAAAAGGAGAGCAUUUCGAUGGCGGUAUCCGAGCAGACAUGCGCGAGAUAAGGAGGACUGAUGGAGGACAAGAAGUCUGACAAAGGAGGUAUAGGAAAAGAGGUAGACAUGAACAGAAGUACAAAGAGAGGGACGCUGAGGGAAGAAUGACAAGACAGCGAGUGAGGGAUGAGAAGGGUGUGAAGUGGGGGAUUAAGAAUGAUCUGGAGAGUACAAAAGAAGAUCAUAGAAGUCAAUGGGUGAAAAAGAAGAGGGGGAAAGGAGGGGGAGAGUGACAGAUGUAGAGAGAGUUAAAAUAUGGAAAGGAGAGAGUUAGAGAGAAAGAAAAGAAUGAGGAAGAUGGAUAUAGACAGUGAGAAGCAGAGUUCCCCACAGUAGUUCUGUCCCUUCUGUAAAAAUCAGCCUGUUCAAUGAAGGAGGGAGGGAGAGGGGAGAGAGGCACACAAACACUCAGCAUGCCUAAAACUGCCCUCUGAUGUCACCAGCCCCUGGAGAGAGAGAGAGGGGAGGGGACCAGUGAGAUGACUGAACGAGCGAGAGACACAGCCAGAGGGCGAGAGCAAACAGAGCAGAGUGAGAGAAGGAGAGCGACAGAGAGAGAAAACAGAGAGGUGGCGACUGAGAGCACUGUACCGGCGUCUGCUGUGGACUUGAGGCUGUGUUUUACGGCGUGUGGUGUGUCAGUGGUGGAGAGUUUUGCUCCGGUUCAGUGAGGCCGAUCUAGCGAUCGCGUUGGCCACACACCAUCUGGACAGCACAACUGAUGGUCGACGUGAGAGCGGCACUGCCCAUGCAGGUGCCCCCGGCCGCCAUCCCCAUGGACCUGCGCAUGGACCAGCCCUUUGGCCUGGCACCGCGACCAGACGACCAGGGCCACCAAGGACAGGUCCCAGGUCUUCGGGAGCAGCAGCUGCAGCAGGAGCUGUUGGCCCUCAAACACAAACAGCAGAUCCAGAGACAGCUGCUCAUCGCCGAGUUCCAGCGGCAACAUGAGCAGCUCUCACGCCAGCAUGAGGUCCAGCUACAGGAGCAUGUUAAGCACCAGCAGGACCUCCUGGCCCUGAAGCAUCAGCAGGAGCUGCUGGAGCACCAGAGGAAGAUGGAGAGACACCGCCAAGAGCAGGAGAUGGAGAAGCAGCAGAGGGAGCAGAAACUCCUACUGCUCAAGAACAAGGAGCGUGGCCAGGAGAGUGCGGUGGCCAGCACGGAGGUCAAGAUGCGGCUGCAGGAGUUUGUCCUGAACAAGAAGAAAGCCCUGGCUCAGCGCAGCCUCAACCACUGCAUGAACACUGACCCUCGCUACUGGUACGGGAAGACCCAGCACAGCUCCCUGGAUCAGAGCUCCCCUCCCCAGACAGGGAUGUCCCCUUACAGCCACGCCAUCCUGGGGAUGUACGACCCCAAAGACGACUUUCCUCUCCGCAAGACAGCCUCUGAGCCCAACUUGAAGCUCCGGUCCAGGCUUAAACAGAAGGUGACAGAGCGCAGAAGUAGCCCACUGCUACGUAGGAAGGAUGGUCCAAUAAUCACUACUGCCAAGAAGCGCUCUCUGGACAUGGCUGAAUCGGCCUGCAACAGCGCACCUGGCUCGGGCCCCAGUUCGCCCAACAACAGCUCCAGUAACAUCACCAAUGAGAACGGCAUCGCUAGUACAGUCGAGGCCUCCCUGGCCCACAGGCUGGCCGGCCGAGAGGGCCCCUUGAGCCAGCUGUCUCUGUACACAUCGCCCUCACUGCCUAACAUCACCCUGGGCCUGCCAGCCACCGGCCCGUCCAGCAUGACGUCAGGCCAGCAGGAUGGUGACAGGCUAUCGAUGCAUGAGAGGCUGCAGCAGGGCUUCCCCAUAACCACUCCCUUCAUCCCGGGGGCCCACCUGCCCUCCUACCUGACUGAUGGGGGCUCGGCACACAACCCCCUCCUCCAGCACAUGGUGCUCCUGGAGCAGUCCCAGAACCCACUAGGUCUGUCCUGCUGCCUGGGCGGGCUGCCCUUGCAGUCGCCCUCCAUCCACAAGCUGCGUGGGCAGCACCGUCCCCUAGGGAGGACCCAGUCGGCCCCUCUGCCCCAGAACGCCCAGGCCCUGCAGCAGCUGGUGGUCCAGCAGCAGCACCAGCAGUUCCUGGAGAAACACAAGCAGCAGUUCCAGCAGCAGCAACUGCACAUCAACAAGAUGAUGGCCAAGCCCAGCGAACCAGGGCCGGGUCGACAGCACGAGAGCCACCCGGAGGAGACAGAAGAGGAGCUAAGGGAGCACCAAGCCCUGUGUCCCCAGGAAGGAGUCCUCAUGCGCGGGGUGACGGUCAAGCAGGAGCCCCUGGACCCUCAGGAAGAGGAGAGGGACAACCGAGAGAGGAUGGUCGACCAGGAGCUGCUCUUCAGACAGCAGGCUGUGUUAUUGGAGCAGCAGAGGAUGAUCCAGUUAAGGAACUACCAGGCUUCCAUGGAGUCAGCCGGCCUGUCAGUCACCUUCCCAGUGCACCGCCCCCUCUCCAGGGCCCAAUCAUCUCCCGCCUCGGCCUGCUUCCCCCCCAUUGUGGUACAGCAGGAGCCGCCCAUCAAGCCUCGCUUCACCACUGGCCUGGUGUAUGACACGUUGAUGCAGAAGCACCAGUGUAUGUGUGGCAACACCAACACACACCCCGAGCACGCCGGACGCAUCCAGAGCAUCUGGUCCCGACUGCAGGAGACUGGACUGAGGGGCAAGUGUGAGUGUAUCCGAGGGCGGAAAGCCACUCUGGAGGAGUUGCAGACGGUUCACUCUGAAGCCCACGUCCUUCUGUAUGGAACCAACCCACUCCGACAGAAACUAGACAGUUCAUUGACUCCCAUGUUUGUGAGGCUGCCUUGUGGAGGGGUAGGGGUGGACAGCGACACCAUUUGGAACGAGGUCCACUCGUCCAGCGCGGCUCGUCUGGCUGUGGGCUCCGUUGUGGAGCUGGUCUUCAAAGUGGCGGCUGGAGAGCUCAAGAACGGCUUUGCUGUAGUCCGGCCCCCUGGACACCACGCGGAGGAGAGCACACCUAUGGGAUUCUGUUACUUCAACUCCGUGGCCAUCGCAGCUAAACUUCUGCAGCAGAGGCUCAGUGUCAGUAAGAUCCUGAUUGUGGAUUGGGAUGUUCACCAUGGAAAUGGCACGCAACAAGCAUUCUACAGUGACCCCAACAUUCUCUAUCUGUCACUCCAUCGCUACGACGAUGGCAACUUCUUCCCCGGCAGUGGAGCGCCUGAUGAGGUGGGCACUGGGGCAGGCAUGGGCUUCAAUGUGAACAUGGCUUUCACUGGGGGGCUAGAACCACCCAUGGGAGACGCAGAGUACCUGGCUGCCUUCAGGACGGUGGUGAUGCCCAUCGCCAAUGAGUUUUCUCCUGACGUGGUUCUGGUGUCUUCAGGAUUCGAUGCUGUGGACGGCCACGCAUCACCCCUGGGAGGGUACAAGCUAACAGCCAAAUGUUUCGGCUACCUGACCAGGCAGCUGAUGGGGCUGGCCGGGGGACGCCUGGUACUGGCCCUGGAGGGGGGCCAUGACCUCACUGCCAUCUGCGAUGCCUCUGAAGCCUGCGUCUCUGCUUUGCUAGGAAUCGAGUUGGAUCCUAUCCCUGAGGAGGUGAUGCAGCAGAGGCCCAACCCCAACGCUGUCCACUCCAUGGAGAAGGUGCUGGAGGAACAUGGUAAAUACUGGCGAUCUCUGCAGCGCGGGGCCUCCACACUGGGCCACUCUCUGAGCGAGGCUCGUCAGUGUGAGACGGAGGAGGCCGAGACCGUCACUGCCAUGGCCUCUCUCUCUGUGGCCAACAAGCAGAGGAGGAGCGAAGAGGAGCCUAUGGAGGAGGAGGUGCCUCUGUAAAGGGAUGACCACGCCCCCUUUACCAUUCAGACACCCAUUUAGUCCUCAGCCAACCACUAACCUCCGUUUGAAUUUGACCCCAAUCCUUGGCCCCUCCCACGCCCUGUCUAGAAGGCACAUCAGCCCCGGGGGGGGACAGGGGACAAUGUUGAGCGGUUACGAAACGGAAACAGAAGACGACACUAUCUCGCUCGUCCGGAGUGGACGGACUAAAUGGCCGCCGAUAUGUUGUACUGUCUCUAUGUAAGGAGGCAGAACACAAGGAGCCUCGGGUUGCCAGGUUUCUUCGGAUCUUUACUUCAGGACCAGUGGGAUCUAAGGUGACCUUGAGUGUCCAUGCUUUUUUUGUAACAGACACACUCUCUGUCUGAAGUACCACUCCAGACACCGAAUUUCUAAGUUAGCACUCUUCUUUCAUUUUUCUUUAUGUCGUUUGUUCCUUUUUCCUCUCACUGAAAAACAGCAACAGCGCCCUAUGAUAUAAUUCCGACACUGUUUACGAACUUUCAGUCGUUACCAUUCACAAAAGACUUUGAGAAAAGAGAGACGCCGCAGGGCUUGCUGAAAUUUCUGGCCAACUUUUUGUUUGGCGAAAGCAGACAUUUUUUUUGUGUUGCAAGAUGGGUACAAAGCGAGGAAGAGAGAGAGAGCACGAUGGACGUGUGACCAGGUCUUCUGGUUCGAGAUGACAGACAGUAAAAAGACUGAGUUUGUGCCUUUUUUUCCCAGCCUGGUGGAUUCUACGAUGAACUCACGACGAAGAGCUUUGCCUUAAAUGAGUUUUCGAGGGGAGAGAGGUGCCCUCCUCUCGCCCUCACACCUCAUCCCCUUAUGUUGUGGCGAGACUGGAAAUACCAGCACGAUGGCACAUAGACAGAAGGCCCUUGGCAUGUUUACCCUGAAUUCCCUGUAGCCCACUGUCCCAUCCCUGUUCCCUUUGACCUCGUCGUAACCCCUUUUACUGUCAUUUAGAAGGUAGUUGCCAUGCUACACAGGGACUAACAUGGUUAGUCUUUUUCAGUGGAACUGAAUGGUUGAAUCAACGGUUGAAACAUCAGCCAAUGAUGUAGCGAGCUGGUAUAUAAACCCUUAACCAAAUACACGGCACCUCUUCGAAAGAGUUAGCUAGCAUGCACUGUAGUCUGCACUAGAGAGACUUGCCAUCUUAAACGAGAAUGCUGUUCAAAAAUGGUAGUAGGUAAGGCAAGAAAUCAAGCCAAAGCGUGACACUGCUAUCAGCGCAAUAGUCAGGAUCCACGUAAGUAUUGUAAGCUUAUAAGACAGAUUUUACUAUCAUGACUUUACAUUCAAGGUUGUUCUCGGUGAGGGAAUUAGAACAGUUGCCCCAUUUUUGUUAACUUUCACCCCUCACCUUUCAAAACGUUCUAAUGUCACAACGUUCAGACGAUCUUACAGUCAUUUAGGGGCAGUAGAUACAACGAGCCGUUCUUUUGGCGUUUUGUUCACACAAAAAAAAAACAUGUGUCUUUGUUACCAUGGUGACAGAGCAAUUAGACGGACAUACCACCUCUGUGAGUUUUCGGAGAGGAGCAAGUGUCAGGUGCUAGCGAACAGGUUCAUGCAUGUGCGUGUGUACGUGAGUGUCACGUCGCAAUCCAGUAAACAAACUCUUUAUACACUCAGACACAGUUGUCAUAGCUACUGCUAGGAGUGUUUGGGGUUUUUUUUGGUACAGGAAAGUGUAUUCAAUCUUGUGUGAGACACAUUAAAUAACUGUAUAUACAAUACAUUUGCACGCAUGCUGUCCAAAAACUUUCUUACCACACACAGUUGACUUUGUUCUCAAACACCUAUAGUGCAGAAUAUGGAGAAUGAAUGAUAUAGUGAUCCAUAUACGGUGUAUUGAACAACCACACCCCCAACUCAUGUUUAGCCUCUGGGCAACUACCUUCUACAUUAUUCCAUUGAAGUCAUAAUCACUUGUUUCUACUUUUGGUAAAGGAGGAAGAACUGGGGAAGAUUGAUGUUGUUUCUGCAUUGAUCUUUCUUCCGGAUUUUUCCAACGCAGUUGUUUUGAUGACUACUUCAUUUGUGUGGUUUUUACCAAUAUUUUUGGGUAUUUUUUUAUUUGUUUUCGUUUUUGUCCUUGUUGUCUUUUGAAGUGGACUUCUGUGUCUCUGGUUUCUGUACUUUUCAUUUGUAUUCCUGUUGUUUUUGUAUUAUUUUCAGUUUUUUCUCUCUGUUACACUUUCUACAGUUGACUUGGUCUCACGACCAAGUGAGAGUUCAGUUCCUUUUCAUGGCAAAAGGAUCUGGGGUUGUAAGGGGAGGGAUGGAGAGAGAUGGGGGGUGGAAUUGCAAAUAUUUCUACUUUGUAUAAUGAUUCCAACAAUUGUGUAUUUACUAUACUGUCUGUUCAUAGUAGAUUUAUAUAUGACAAAAAAAAUCUAAAAGUAUAUUAUAUAUUAUAACAUAUUACAAUCUUGUUUUGGGAGGGAAAAAAGUUAGUAUUGCAAGGUGAUUUGCUCAUGUUUCAUUCGCUGGUCUGGUUUGGCACUUCCUGGUGUUGCAGAGGGCACUGUUCAUUAUUCCUGGAUGCCUUGGCUGAGGGUUCAGUACAGUAGCAUCCCAUUUGUUUCUUUACAGUGUACACCACUGACUUAGGCUCUAUUCAUACUUGACACUACAUAGAAAAGUUGAAAGGUUGUUCCCAAACAAGGGACAAGUCACUUGUUUCUGGAGCUCUGAUGUCUCCUCCAUGAAAACACUGACAAGCAUGAGUUUACAGUGCGAAGACCACUGGUAUUGCGCACACUUACAUAGAUAAAAUUUUCUGACCAACAACCAAACACUUUUAACUGUGUUUGUAAAACCUUCUCUAUAUUAUCGAUUAAAUGAUGUGUAAUUCAGUAGGGUUUGCCUUGGAAUGACAUGAUAAUUACACAAGGGUUGCCCUGUAAUGACUAAACACUAUAAGCCCAAGGGUCAUAGUUAACCCAUCAAUAGUUCCCCUCUCACCCUUUAACCUCACCCAUCCUGCCCAAACCGCCCCUCUCCUUUGACGGCUGUAGAAGAUGACUAGUGAGGUCAAGGGUCAUCUCAAUGGACCCAGUCUCAUCCAAGGGGGCAGACUACGAGUUAAAAGUCCAGUCUGCGUCUCAAUUGUGGUUGCCGUUAUUGUAUUUGGGGCCUUUUUAUAAGCUAUCAUCCAGAGCUCUCCCAGGAUGCUUGGAAACACCAGUCACAGCAAUGGCCGCCAUGGCUUAGUCACUUGUAUUCAAACAAUAUUUUUUAAAGGGACUAUAUACUGUCUGGUUAUCAGCGUGUCCAGAUAGUCAUUUGAACAUGAUCUUAAUCAUGCUCAACAAAAUACAUUCCAAUUUGUUUUGUUUUUAAUUGUUUUAUCAUGGGGCAUUUUCUUCUUCUUCUCCUCCAAACCAGGCCUGAGGAUUGUCUGUGGUUUAUUAGAAGGGCCUGGUUGUUGGGUUACUGCACUCUUCCACCACCUCUGUAACAUAUCUGCAUGGUUUGUGUGUCUGCAUGCCUGUCUCUGUCCCUGUAACAUAUCUGCACAAGGAAAGAGCACUGAAUGGACAGAAGUACGUUUUUUUUACAACAACAUCGGGAUUUGAGAACGAGAGCAUGAUGUGGGAACUCGUUCUUUUGCUCCUCUGUUUUUUUCUUUCUUCCCGGGAGCGACGAUGAGGAAGAACGAUGCUCCCUGUUGGUCUGACAGAUAUGCUUUUUACCUGUGAAAAUGUUCAACAACAAAUUGAAUGACUUUGAAUAUUUCACAACAUCUUUAUCUAGCACUUGUGACAUACAGACAAUGGAUUUUAUUGUAUUUAUGUAGAAAAACUGUUUUAGGGAAACUAAAGACAGGGGACAACUGCAUAGACCAAUUUAUUUUUCUUUGGGGGGGGGGGGGGGGUGUUAUCAUUUGAGGGACGGACGGGUUUUGUUUCGAGACAUCUGGAGAUAUCAAAGGGCUCUGUCCAGAUGAAUGGUCUAUAUCGUCGUCAGGGUUGUCCAUUCCAUUUCAGCCAGUAAUAUCUGUGACCACUGUGGUUUAGAAAAAAAAGAACAGUUCUAGGUUUACAAAAUGUAUGACAUGCAUAUUCUGUUUUUUUAAUUGUCUUUAUCUCUCCAUUGUUACAGAAUAGUACUUUUUUCCUGGGUCCUUUCCUCUAACAUUUUCUCUUUGACAUCUACACUAUAAAAUCUAAUGUUUUGGAAAAAAAA